AGCCUCGUUUCUUCGGGUCCGUGUUGUGAAGCGAAGGCGCCGAAGGCGCCGAAAAGGAUGUCGAGAUCUAUCAUAUAAGACUCUGUAGAUAGUGGGUUUCCUGUUCUCCUCACUUACCAAGUACACCCACCCGUUCAUAUCCGCAAUGCUCAAGAUCGUACUCGCCGCCGUUGGUGUAGCCUCUGCCGUCCAUGCCGUGGAUAUCACUUCUCUAACUGAGGCUCCAUUCAACUGGGUAUUCCCUCCCGGUCGCGGAUACGCAUCAGACUCCACCAGCGUCUACCCCUGUGGUGGUAUCUCCCCUGGCGAGUCUCGUACCGCCUACCCUGUCACUGGCAGUACCAUCGCCUUCAAUUCCACAUACCCCAUCGUCAACAUGGACGUCUUGUGGGUCAACCAGAGCGACCCCGAGCUGUUCCACGACUUUAGCACCUACACAGACUCGAUCAUUGCCAUGUCUGUUGGAGAGUAUUGCUUUGCCGGGCCCGACUUUACUUCUCUUGGGGUAGAGACUGGCGAGAAUGUCACCAUGUUGGUCAUCUAUGAGCUUGCUGGAAACAAGUCAGCCGAGUACAACUACGCUUGCGCAGAUCUCACUAUCGUCGACGAAAACUCAUUCACCGAGUCCUCCUUCACCUGCGCCAACAGCUCUGUCAUCAUUGACAUUGCCCCUCUCAACGAGUCAAUGGUUUUACACGGCGAAAACUUUACCGGCGACCAGGCUCGAGAGGGAAACGGGGAGACUCUCAGCUUGACUGAACUUCCCACCACGUCGGCUACCACCAACGUCGCUGUCUUUACGGAAAUUCUUGGAGUGUUGUCGACUACUACCUAUGCGCACGGGGGUGCCGUUGGGAGCUCUGCCGCUAGCUCUGCCGCUAGCUCCGCUACGUCUGCUGCUUCCACGAGCUCAUCGAGCUCCUCAUCCUCGUCUUCUGCCUUGAGGCGAUUUGACGUUGUCGGUGUUGCUUCUAUGGUGGCUGCGGUUGGCGUCUCCGCGGCCUUCACUCUUUUUUAGAGGGAUAUGUUGGACGAAGUGUUGAGCGCUACCAAGUUAGUACAUUCGUAAAUUAGUAUAUGGGCGUAAUAUUUCUCUGAGACAGAAUGCAAAGGGAUUUUCGAUAUGUCUGUGGCCUUAGUUGGCUGUGACUUUGAGCUUGUCGGUAGUCGGUCACCUUGGCUUGUGAGUCUUGACUCGAAGGGUGAGUAGAGACGUUCAGAGAUGUAUGGUAUACCUUGGACACGUACAACAAUCGUAUAGCUCCGCACUGCCCACCUUCCCUUCA